AUGGAGCAUGCUGCCCCUCUCGCCGGCCGCAAGGAUGCUCCACCAUCCGCUUCCAAGCAAUCCGACCAUCCCCUAUCUCCCCAUUCGCUGCCCAUUCUACACGGCUCAAAUCCGCGUCGGUCGCCUUCGCUCUUUGCCGUCCCGCUUCCGGAGGAGGCUGUCUCGAGUAGCUACUUCGGAGCAUCAACAUCCCGCGGAAGGCGAGAGCCCGAUGCUAUUCCGCUCGGCGAGGGGUCUUCUCGGACAUCGCCCCGGAAGGAUGGGGCCAGGAGGGACGGGCAGGGAUAUGGUUUCGAAUCGCUCGGAAGGGAUGAGGUGGAAGUCGCAAGGCGGAGAUAUGAUCUGAUGGAUGAUGAGCAGAUCCGGGAGGUUUUGGUCCAGUGGGAGAGGAUCGAACUGGGUGAGCGAGGGGACGAGGAUAUCGGCGUAUUGGUGGACCAGGCAAAUGGGAUCUCGUCGGCGUUGCCUAUCCCUCUGACCGGUAAGACGACGUCAGAUAUGUCGGAAUCCAUGCCAGAGGUCCUGGCAGGCAUCACAUCGAGUACGACCCCGUCGCCUCUCUUCCCUCCAUCCCCACCACUCCACGAUCUCGGACCCACGCUGUCUCGGUCGGACAACACUGGACGGACCGAUCACCCGCUUCGCGUCCUAGCGAGAGCGGUGCUGGAGCUCCAAGACACGAUUGAGAGACUACGCAAGGAGAACGAGGCAUUACGGGGAGAAAUAGCAAUGGGAGGUCGAACGAUACGAGGCAGAGAUGGUGCGAGUCGCGGCGCUGCCGAGCGGCAGAGGUCUCUGCAUGAUGGCCUAAACGAAGCUAUCUCCACCUCUCUCACCUCUAUUCACACCUUCUCCGCUGCGGCCACCCAUCCCGGUCGCCUCCCGGACCCACCUCGCGUCCCAUCCCCCGCGCCAUCUUUCAUCUCCCGAAGGCGCUCUCCUCCCCCUUACGGAGCUGCUCCAUCUGCUCAAUCUAUCCGAUCUGUCGAUAUGCGACCGCCAGAAUCGAUUCUCCCCUCCAGCCGCUCCAUGCGGAAGAGAGAUGCUGCGCGCUCCAGCUGGACUGCGAGUCUGUGGGGAUGGGGCGGGGCAGGGAGCAUCAAGAAGGGGACGGGGAGGGACAGGCGGGGGAGCGUAUCUUCCUCGUUGCGCGAGGAGGUCAGAAUAGGGCAGGAGGCGGGAACGGCGGAGGAGGCCGAUGGGAAAGAAGAGGAUGAGCAUGCGUGGCGGCGAGGUGAUAGAGGAAGUGCGCCUGCGUUCCGAGCAGUGUUUUUGGCUACUCGCAUAGUCACUCCUGACCCUUCCUCUAUUCUCUCUUCUUCCCAUAUCGCUCCCAAUAGCCUCAUCGCGUACCUCGCCCACUCGCUGGUCUCUCAUGCUCGAGACCAGUGUAUCGUCGCUCGUGAUCCGCCCAAUACCCGGCGUCGCCCUUCCCGAGAAACACGGAGUCGCGCCGCCUCCAUCAUGAGCCAAGAUAGCGGUACCAUCGCUCAGGCGGACUCGGCCUCCGGAUCAGGGCGGGAGAAGAGCUACGGCGAGACUCUGGCGGCUACGGCGCUAUAUGGCCGUUCUCUCCUCUCUUCGGUCUCGGGCGCGACUCUCCGUGGCGGCGGUAAAUCCCGCCCAGCAACAACAUCAGGCUAUGCGGACGAUACCAUUCGUCCCUCUCUUCUCAAUCGGACAUCUGCUCGACAAUCACCUACUACCGCCCUCUCCUCGUCCGGCACGGCAGAUAUGAGCGCGACCAGUAUCGACGAGGUCCCCUUGCCAUCGGUGGAGAUGGCGUCUAUUAUCGCUGGGGAGAACCAACCUCCUACGGUCUUGCUAUCGAGGCAGAAUCUGGGGCUGUAUUUCCAAGGUGGGAAGAAGCGGGUGCAGACGGCGACGCGAUUCAAGGGGGCAGAACCGCCCUUGACCGAUCGGUACGGGUUCAUUUACGACAUCCAACACGCGAGCAUGCUCAAGGACGCCAGCGCGGCGGGCGUGCCUGCCCCAGCGUCUUUGAGUGGGGUCAUACCAGGUGUGGAGGAGGGAGAAGGAUGGAUCGAGAGGAGACGCAGAGAGUCGGCUGAUGCGCGGCCGGAUCUCAAGACUCGCCGAUCCGGAGACUCAGUCACUUCAUCUCCAUCACCCUCGGCUGUCCGGGUCGAGCUCCCUUCCACCGAGUCUAGCGGCCGUUCUACGCCGACCCGCACCGGCUCGACCUCUCGUCUACCUACUACAGACCCCCGUCAUCGCUCUUCCACCAUCGCCAGCCUGAACCCUUCCCCCGCUCGACCCGUCAUAGCCAAAGACACUCUCACUGUCUCCGCCCGAGGCGCCUCGUCCCUCCGUUCUGUCGCUUCUCCACAUACAUCGCCCCUCCCCGAUAUCUCCUCACAUACGGCAUCCGUACCGUCCGUGUCCCGUGCGACGGUCUCAUCCCUCCUCGACCAGCUCACCGAACUGCACGACCGUCAACAGGCCGAGCGGAAAGUCGAGUGGGAUGCCUGGCUCGCCAAGCGGAAGCGAAAGUUGAAUAAGGGGAAGGGCGAGACGGGUACGAGCUGGGGUGGGGAUCUGAUCGGAAUCAGUCAGAUGGGGCUGGGCGAUGCGGAGGAAUGGCGAGUGUUUGCCAGGCUGGUUCGGCAUGGGAUACCUUUGGCAUAUCGGGCGGACGUAUGGGCCGAAUGCUCUGGAGCCAAAGACGCGCUAGUCCCUGGCGAGUACCGAGAAAUCCUCGCUGUCCACGCUACGGAUGUAUCGCCCGUACUCGCCGAGAUUGAGAAGGACGUAUCGCGGACUUUUCCGGGAAACAUGUUCUUUGGGGGUGAUGGGCCUGGAGUGGAUAAGCUACGGAGAGUGCUCGUGGCGUAUUCAUGGCGGAACCCCAGGGUCGGCUAUUGUCAAGGGAUGAAUAUGCUCGCAGCCACCCUCCUCCUCACGCACACCGACGAAGAACAAGCCUUCUGGGUACUAUCCGCCAUGAUUGAUCGACUACUCCCUACCGACUUUUACGCACCCUCACUCCUCGCUUCCCGGACAGACCAGGCGGUUCUCGCCGAGCUGGUCCAGGUGCACCUGCCGAGAGUGGCGAGUACGCUGGAAGAGCUAGGGGUGGAUCUGGCUAGUAUCACUUUUGGGUGGUUUUUGAGCUUGUUUACGGAUUGUCUGCCUGUUGAGACGCUAUUCCGAGUAUGGGAUGUCUUCUUUGUCGAGGGACACGACACCCUUUUCCGCGUCGCGCUGGCUAUCCUCAAGUUGAACGAGGCGGAAAUAUGCGCGGCGGAAAGUGCGGGAGAGCUGUUUGCGUACGUGGCGGGGAUGACGGGCAGGCUGUGGGCAGCGGACAAGUUGAUCUCAACGCAACAUGGGUACCGGCCGUUGCUACGACACACGGACAUUGCGAGCAGGUAUGCUAGACACCUUUCCAUACUACAAGAGGCGUGA